CGACUCCCUUUUAUUUCGCUAUGCGUCACCAUUCCUGCAUGUAGGCGCGCACGCCACAACAUCUUUUUCACCCCCACAAGCUUAUAAUUGUUUCUAGAAUCAUAAGCAGAAAAUAGAUUGCGUCUCCGGCUCUUAACGCAAAGUUAAAACAGACACAAUUUCAGUUUGGACAGCAGGAUUGUUUCAAAUGCUACAGCUUACAUUUUUAAUUGGAAAAAGGAAAAGAUGAAGAAUUUGAAAUUGGUGUUUAGUAAACAAAAGCAGUGUCUACAAUACAUCCAAGCCAGUGGUGCCAUGGCAUCCACUGAGGACAGUAUGCAUGUACAAGAGGUAGUUGUGGUAACAACACCUGAUGGUGCAGCAAACGGAGCAGCUGUAGAGGAAGUGAAGACAGUACUGUUAACAACUGGUUUAUCCCAGCAAAGUGACUUCUUCAUGACUGCUGCUGAAGUAAUUGAAGAUGUAACCAAUUGUGAGAGUGAGAGAUGUGCAAAUAUGAAUGGGAGGCAUAAUGGAGAUGAUAUCACAGCACACAGUGAAAGUAUGGGUGAGGAUUGUGCCGAGACUGUGACUGAAACUGCUACUUUCACAACUACUUCUCUAAUAGAGAAAGAAGCACUACUAGCAGUAAAGUUAUCAGAAGAAGUUGAAAACAUUGAACCUGAAAUUAUUUAUCCUAUAACAUGUGGAGACAGCAAAGCCAAUUUAAUAUGGAGGAAGUUUGUUUGUCCAGGGAUUAACAUCAAAUGUGUACAGUAUAAUGAACAUAUUAUCAGUCCAAAAGAAUUUGUUCAUUUAGCAGGAAAGUCUACUUUGAAAGACUGGAAGAGAGCAAUUCGCCUGAAUGGUAUCAUGUUAAGGAAAAUAAUGGAUACAGGUGAACUUGAUUUCUACCAGCAUUCCAAAAUUUGCUCCAAUACUUGUCGCAGCACUAAAAUAGAUCUUGUUGGCAACAGAGCUUCUUUUACCAGUCAGCAGUCAACAGAAUUCAUUCCCAUCACCCCUGCCUCAGCUGAUGUAAAUGGAUCACCAGCUGCAUUUACUGUAGAAACUUCAGAAGAUAGCACGGAGUGGAUAACUACAAUUGGAGAGGACACUAUUACUUUUUGGCGUGGUUUGAAGGAUGCAGGAUUGUUGGAUGAAGUGAUUGAUGCAUUCCAGAAAGAACUUAAAGAGACUUUGAAAGGAUUACAGGAUCGAGUUCAACAACCUCCAUUAAAUGUUACAGAUGCUGUUUUAUUAAACAACAUUGUUCAAAAUUUUGGGAUGCUGGACCUCGUGAAAAAAGUUUUAGCAAGCCAUAAGAGUCAAAUGGAUCGAUACAGAGAGCAGUAUACACGCAGCAUAGCAGCAUUAGAGCAACAAUGUGAUGAGCAUCGUAAAAGAGCCAAAGAACUGAAGCACAAAUCUCAACAUCUAAAUAACGUGUUGAUGAACCUUGCACCAGUAUCUACUCCUUCUGCUCCGAAACGACCAAGAUUGACACGUGCAACAUCAGGACCUGCAUCUGUGGCGACUCAUGUUUCCACUCAGCCAGCUCAAAUUACUUUAACAUCAGGGCUGCCAGUGACUCAACUAGCAAACCUUCCAUUAAGUAAAGUGGUAUCUGCCAUUCAGGCCUCAGGAUCCAGCACUGCCUCGCAGCAUGCUGCAACCUUCACUGCCACCAAUUCUACUCUGGGAGGCUAUACAGUGCUGGCUUCGCCAGGCACAGACAUUCAGCCAGACGCAUCUAAUUUGACUGUCCUCAGUACAGCAGCCAUCCAAGAUGGCAGUACCAUUGUGAAGGUAGUGAGCCCUUUUCAAUUAUUGGCAUUACCAGCCUUGGGAGCAACGCUGCAAAACAUGGCCACUGCAGGAAGCACUAUACUAGCACUGCCAGCAAACAGCAUAGACACAUCAGUCACAGAAACUGAAGAGUCUACUGUAAUUGAAAUUAAAGAUGAACAUGAAGGGAAGUAGCAAGUCUUUCAAGAAUAUUAAGACUUUGUUCUUCUUAGGAACACCAGUUAAAAUCCGGUCCAUAAACAGACUUAACUAUGUAAUAUAAAAAAAUAUAAUUUUUUUUUGUUACUGCAAAAUACCAAAAGUGUCUCAAGAUGGAAGAAUGCUUUUUCAAUAAAUAAUACAAAAAUGGAAAAUAAAUAAUAUCACAAAUUGUAAAAUUUGAAGGACUAAAGAUCUUUCAGGUUCCUAAUAAAAUACCAGUCAAAUAUUCACAUUACCAGAAUUGCUUGCUGAUGAAACCUGAAACGGGGAUAUUUUUUAGUUUACUGAUCCUUCCCAAGUGAGUAAAACAUGUAAACAAAAAUAUUUGAAGAUCUUUGCAUUUAAUAUUUGAAAUUCAGAUUUCCAUGAGACACCAUUUUGUAAUAGCUUUCUCAGUGGGUUCUUUUGUAUCAUGAAACUGAAGUGUUCUGUACUUUACAUAGCUAAGAAACUGACUUUUAGCGUUAAAGAAAGUGACACUUUCUGUUAAGAGUGUAAUCAUUCACCUCAAUCAAUUUAUUUGACUAUUUCAACAGUCUAAAAAACAUGUCAUUGCUAAUUUAGAAAGUGCACAGUACUUCAGUUCCAUUCAUUGUUCAACCUUGUGGUAAAAUGAAGAAUAAAAUGACAUUUCUCAAAGUCUGAAAUUUCAGAUUUAGACUAACAUUAAAAAAAUUUGACAAGUUUUAAAUGGAAAACGUCUGGCAAGAUUAUGGGUAGUAAUGAAGUUUUUUCAUCAUUCCAUAAACCACCAAGUAAAUCAAAACAAAUGUACAAAAUAUAAAGUAUUGUUUAAUGGUGUAAAACAAAAAUUGUAUUUUUUCAUUUUUAGAAAAAGUAUUGUUAGCUACAAAUUGUGACUUUUGUAAAUAACAAAAAAGACAUUAUCAAAGUAAUAUAAACUAUUUUUUGAUAAGAAAACCAUUACAGAUUAAAUAUUGUUCAAAAAGAUUCUUGCAGUAAACUGCUAAAUCCAUAGUUCCACCAAAACUUUAUUGAACUUGAUUAGUCAAUUUUGAAUUUGGGUCACAUAGGGAGUUGGAGUCUGUAAUACAUAGGUAGUACUUGACACCAAUGGUAUUAGGACCAACAGUUUUACAGACAUCUUCUCAGAAGAUAUAUGUAAGCAUGUAGCAGAAUCAAUUCCAAUUUUUAAUUGCACAUUGUGACUUAGUUUGUUACCAUCAUGCAACCGUCUUGUUAAUUUAAGUGGAUUCAGAAGGGGGGGGGGGGGGGUCGGUGGUUACACAAAAUAUGCUAGAAUCUAUCCACUUUCUGAAUCAACAAAUCCAGUACAGGGUCAAAACCUAUACUUGUUACAUAUUUAGAGAUGUUGGAUGUAUCCUUAGAAAAGCAGUUGACAUCUUAUGAAAACACAGAGUAGAUUCAGUCCAACAGUAUACCCAAUCUGAAUUCAGUAAUGCACACUAAGUUUAUGAUCAUUUACUCAUUUCACUUGCUUAAUAGAUGCAUAACCCAGUUCACCUCCAGAAUAAGUAAUUUAUUUUCCCAGAACCAUUUAAACAAUUUAUAUUUUUUUCUUGUAUGGUUACAAUGUUUUAUCUUAAAUCUUUGGAAAAUCCACAAUAGAUGACAUAUAGGGAAUUUUUCAGAGUUUCAAAUAUGAAAUGCCUUAAAGGACAAUCUUUGGAGCAGUAUUUAGCACUGAUACCUCAUGGCUCCAGAUCCCCGAGUUUAAAGUUGUCUAUUGAGGUGUAUGUUUUCUGUGUGUCUGCAUUCAUUUUCCACCUACAUGCCAAGAUGUGCAGACAUGGUUAGUUGGUAACUCUAAAUUGUCCCAAUAUGGCUAAAAUGUUGUGCAUGUUUCGUUCCUCUGAUUUACUUCUGCUAUAUCCAGCGCUGGCUCCUGUCUUAUACCUAAUGCUGCCAAUGUAGUCCUUAAAAUUGAGUUGGAAAGGUUUAGUACAUGAAUAAGCUAGAGUGGUAUGUAUCAUAUUCAUUUGGAUUGUGUGAUGUUUAGCUUUCCAGGGAAAAAAAAAACUACAUGUGACUCUAAAUUGGAAAAAGCAUAUUUAAAAACAUGAUGGAUACUAGGCUGAACAUAAUUCACCUUUUAUUUUAUAUCUCCUGAUGGGAAUAAUGUGAAUAUGAUAUGUAAAUGUAUGUGGCACUGAUAUUAAUUUUUCAUAGGUUAACUUCUCCAUUGCACUUUAGCUUCUAGACAAAGCAUUGCACUGGUGAAUUAAAAAUUAACAAUAUUUUAUCACCUCAUUCAGAUUAUAUUUGUAAAAUAAUUAUAUGAAGUAUUUUGUUUUUUACACCCAUUUAUCCAACAACAAGAUUAAAAUUACAUUAGAAAUACUCAUUGUUAGUUUUCAGUACUUUCCCAUGUUAUCUAUGGUACUUAAUGUAUGGUUUCCUUUUUCAUAUACUGGUAAAUAUCCUUUUGUAAAGGUAAAUUAAACAAGACAUUCUUUUAAAUUAUUAGAAGAAUCUUACAGUUUGAUUUUUAAGUACAAGAACAAUGAUACCAUGACUCUUGGUUGUCUGUAAGCAAUAAUAUUCAUUGGCUGUAAAUGGAUGGCACUACUUAUUAGAGUUUCAUCAAAAAUAUCUUUGUUUUUUUUGCUCAAGGCAAAGUUCAUUUGUCUGAAUCCAUCAUCAAUUGCCUAAAGAUAGAAGAGAUUAUUAACUACAUUGGUAACAUCUCUAAUAUACAGUACUGUAUACAAGUUUAGCUUGGGUUCUAUUGUUCAAGUAUGCAAGCAGUUGUUCCCCUUACUUUUGUCUUUUGCAAAGUAUAAAAUGACUAUUUGCAAAGCACAGUGGUGUGGUGUGCUUCUGAACAUACAAUGAGGUACAUAAUACGUGUAAUUUAUUCAUCAUGCAUAGACAAGGUUUAACAUUUGAUUCUAAUCAGAUUAAACCACCAGUUAUUUACUGUAUGUGAAAUGUAUUGUCUCUUUUUGGUUAAAUACUGUACAUAUUCCUAUCUAAAAAGCAUUUUAUAUGUUUUCACAAGGCAAAUAAUGUAAAACAACAACUGAAUUCAUAAUAAAGUGUGAAAUGUU